AUGACUGAUAUUAGUAACCUCAGCCAUUCUUUCCUGUUCAAGCCAUCUCUUUACUUCUCAGCUUUGCUGUUCCCUGGCUGGGGUGAAACUGAAGUGGUUCCUUGGUGCAGUGCCCAAAAGGACAAUGCCACAUCACAAGCUUUGGUUCCAUUUGGUGCCCCUAAGGAUGCUGUUGAGAUUUUUCAUGAAAAUAAAAUGACCAAUACUGAAGGGGUGAAUAAAGGCAUUUACUUUAGCUACCCAUGUCGACGUCACAGCUGUGCAUUAGUAAACAUCCCAGCACCAUGUGUCAACAAAAUCAUUUCACACAUUGAAGAUGUAGAGUCUAAAAUACAGAAGCAUUUGAAACAGUUUGAAACUUCAUUUGAAGAAUGGAGCAGAACUUCCAAAAAAGACCUGAAAGAAGAUGGGAGUAUUGCUACACCACCAAAAGAGGUCAAACCCAAAGAGGAGAGAGAUGAACAGUGUCCAGAAUUAAAGCAGGAAUUAGAAACAUUGCUCUCAGAGGCCAUUCAUCUAAUUAAAAGUUUAGAAACUGACCGUGCAGAAGCUGAAGAGGCUUUAAAACGACAACGAUCAAGAAGGAAACAGCUAAACAUUGCAAUUGACUCUUGGUCAAUGUGGAGACUUCAAGAAAUCCCGUUAGCUGUGCAGAAAGAACAUGAGGCCUAUUUGAGAGAUAUUAUAGAAUUACGAUGGCAUCUUGGAAAUAAAACUUACCAAGUUAAACAUUUUGAGGAACAAAAGGCAAAAUUUGAAGAAGCUAAUGCAAAGGUUCAGGCAGACAUUGACUACAUGAAUGAACAUUGUCCUCUACUGAAUUCGAAGUUGAUCCAGGAAUGUGAAGCUCUGAAGGAAUAUUAUAUAAAACAAAAUGAGGUAAUGGAACAAUGCGAACAAGUUCAUGAGGAACUUAGAAAAGCUACAGAAGACUGUGAAAAUCUCAAAUUGAAAGCUAAACAAAUUAGAGAAGAAAUGGAAAAAGGUAUUAAUGAUGAUAUGGAAAGCAUAGAAGCUUACAAGGAAGAGAUUGGAAAGCUAAACUAUCUAUACAGUUACUAUGAUAAUUUAACACGAAAUGUUAACAUUACUAUUGAGGAGAAUGAAGGGGCAGUGACUGAAGUAUUGAGGGAAACAAAGACAUCAACAGACGAAAUAACUGCUUUAUCAAAAAUGGUAGAUGAAUUGAAAAGAGUUUAUGAUGACCUAGUCGGGAAGAAAAAAAGUUUUCAAAAUAAAUAUCUGGAAGCAUUUAAUAAUUUUUAUGCUACAAAAAAAUCAUGGGAUAUGGAACUUUCUAAUAUCGCAAGAAAUUAUUCAGAUAUUUCGAUAGCAUAUUCUCAACUGAUGGAUGAAAAUAAAAGAAUGAAAAUUGAUACUGAAACCAUAACAGGUUCAAUCAGUGACAGUAUAGAGAAAAAAGCAGAGCUUGAGUCUGGAAUCCAAUCUUUGCUAAAACUGAAGUCAAAAAAUGAUGACCAUCUUAAACAACUACACAAGGAUGCUUUUCACAUCGGUGCUGUUUUCCACCUAACCAGAUCUAAAACAGAGGAAUUAGAAGAGCAAAUAACAGAAGGGAGAAGAAAAUUCAUGGGUAGAGAAGAUUUCUUGAAAAAACUCACUCGAGCUGAACUGGUUGAUGGAACAAUAAUUCAGAACAGAAUGUAUGGCCUGCAAGAGGAACAGGAACUUUUGAAACAGGAUUUGAUGCAAAAGAAAGCAAUGUAUUCCCUAAUCUUGGCAGAAAUAGAGGCACCUCUGCUUCAAAUGGAAGAAGAUGCUGUAAGAAUUAAAACUCUCCACCAAGAACAUUCUGAUGCACUAAAGCACAUAAUUGGGAAGAGAGAACAUGUUAAAAGAAAUGUGGAAAGAACAAAGAAAAAAUUGCGAAGAAAGGGGAAGAAAACCCAAGAAGCGCUAAUAAAAACUGAAGAAGAAAGCUCAAUGAUUUUUAAAGAAAUAGAAACCAUUAAAAGUAAAACAAUGCUUUAUGAAGAAAAUACAAGUCAAUUGGACAAGGACCUAGACAAAACAGAAAAGGAAAAGAAAGUAUUAGAUCAGACACUUGACAAUUUAAAGGAGACAUUUUUAACUAUGAGAUUUAAAAAGGAACAUGCACAAGCUGUGUAUAAUCAUCUCAUUAGUGAAAGAAAAAACUGUAAAGAGAGAAUCUAUGAAGAAGAACAGAGAUACAGAAUUCUCGUUACCAUGAGGCAACAAACUCUGGAUCGUAUUAAAAAAAUACAAGAUGAUUCACUAGAAGAAAAUCUACGUUUAGCUCAAGAGUAUCAAAAAUUACAGAUGACUUUCUUAACAGAAAAGGACAAAUAUUUCAACCUGUGUGAUAGACAGUUAUCACUUGAUGCUUCAAUUAGAGAUAAGAAACAGCUCUGCCAGCUGCAAAGAAGGAUACACAAGGUGUGGCGGAAGUGCUUCAAACUGGUGGUCCUCUACAGCCAGAUGAGGCUGGCCAGCUUCCAGGCAGACUCUCAAGAGAGCAUUCAGAAAAUAUUAGCUGUGCAGGAAGAAUCUUCAAAUUUAAUGCAACAUAUCAUAGAUUUCUUCCAGUCUUUUGCAGAUGGCUCAUGUGAAAACGAUGGUUAA